CUCAAAUAAGCCACUCAGACAGUGGGAUCUCGAAGGGUUAGGGGACCUUGGUGGAGUUUUCAUUUGUAGGUAUAUUUAAGACCAGCACGAUGAGCAAAUUACUGUGGAGGUGUGCAGCACUGCUGACUCUGUUCAUUGCAGUUCAAUGUCUCCAAUGCAACACUUGUGAUUUUAAGAUCUUUGGCCAAUGUGUGGGCAGGUCUCCAGUAAAUUGCACGGGAGAUGAGAACAGAUGCUACACCGGGGUUGCCAAGUUCACCGGCGCACUGAUGGAUAUCCACGCUCGAGGUUGCAUUGAAGCAUUUAACUGUACUAACCAGACAGGGCAAAUCCUGACCGUUAACUACACCAUCACCAGGACCUGCUGCAGCGGCGACCUGUGCAACGGGGCGGCCCCCGUCCAGAUGCCCCUGACUGCAGCUCUGUGUGCCGCGCUGGUGGCAGUCUGGAGCCAGUGGAGCCUUUAAAAAUGAUCCAUUUGCAGUCAGGUUCCCUGUGAUAUUAAUAUAAUGGAGGGACAGUGGCAGAUAUGACUCAGCAUGAAACAUGAGAUUUGUAGCUGUAUACACUGUAGUAAAGACUAUGUAAGAUCAUGUGAGUAAAUUACUUUUUUAUGAUGUCAACACUCUUUCACAAACUGUAAUUUAAUAUUAAUUUGUUUUUCCCCGGCUUAAUUUUUAACACUGAUUUAAAUUAAACUAAAACAACUAUUAAUUAUUACGACCGUAAA